AUGCCAUGUAAACGUUUUCUCAAUUACAAUAUUCAAACUAACGCGCCAAAAUCUUCAUUCGGAUUCUUACGCAUGCGCGCUCUUGCGCGCAAGCAGAAGCGCGAUUGUUUUGAAAGAAACUUGUUUAAGCUUGCUUUUGUUUUUGGCAAAAAUGAUGAAACGCCAAAAGGUACCGCUGAUUUACAGGAAAAUGUUAUUCAAAACGAAUCAGUCGAUUUGAAUCCUUCAGAACAGUCGGAAUUAUCAGUAGCUACACAAGUUCUUAUAAAUCAUAGAACAGAAGAGGAGGCAGCAUUGAGAAGCACGUCAGAAAAAAUUGAAAGUUAUUCGACUGAUAUUGCGUUAUGGGGCGAAAUCAACGAGAAGUUACGAUUAUACUGGUUGCAAAAAAAUCCAGGUUUAUGCAGCAAUAAGGAUAAAGAUUUCUCAAAAUCUGCACGGAUUUACCAAGAAGGAGAUAAACAAAAAGUGAGAACUCUAAACAAAUCAUUAUUUCAAUUGAAACUACAAAAUAAUGAAAUAGUAGAGCAGCGAAUUACGGAGCAUGAGCAAAGCAAAGCUCAUAAACAAACUUUAACUAUUUAUUCUAAACGGAGAAGAGAAACUGGUAGUUUAGAAAAUGCAUUAACGAUUCAACAAAAAAAUGAGAAAAAUUAUUGGAUUCAAGUAUUACGUCGAAUAACUGACACUAUAAAGUUUCUUGCUUCACGAGGUCUCGCUUUUCGAGGGGAGAACGAACGAUUCGGAUCUAGUCAAAAUGGCAAUUACUUAGGUAUUUUAGAAUUACUGAGCGAAUAUGACCCUUUCCUUAAAGAGCACAUUAAUACCUACGGAAAUAAAGGACAUGGAGUAACAUCAUACUUAUCAGCUAAUAUUUGUGAGGAAUUUAUAGGCCUUAUGGGGGAAAAAGUUCUUGCUUGCAUUAUAAGUGAGUUGAAGAAGGCAAAAUAUUAUUCUUUUUCUGUGGAUUCUACGCCGGACAUCACUCAUCUAGAUCAAUUAACGUUCACCGUGCGCUACGUUACCGAUCAGGGGCCUAUCGAACGUUUUUUAAUGUUCGUUCCUAUAGAAGGUCAUAAUGCCGAAUAUUUAACAGAGGUUGUAGUCAAAUUUUUUAAAGAUAAUGAUAUUGAUAUAAAUGACUGUAGAGGUCAAUCUUAUGACAACGCAUCGAAUAUGUCUGGACGCUAUUCAGGACUGCAAACCAGGAUAAGGGAAAUCAAUAAGUAUGCUGAUUAUAUUCCUUGUGCCGGGCACUCGUUAAAUUUAGUCGGCGUUAAGGCAGCUGAAUGUGUUAAUGCAGUCGUUAAGUAUUUCUAUAUCGUACAAAAUUUGUACACAUUUUUAUCAGGAUCGACUUAUAGAUGGCAAAAACUAUUGUCAUAUUUAGGAACGAAAAAAAAAGUCGUUAAAUCUUUAUCCGCUACUCGAUGGUCAGCCCGAGCUGAUGCAAUCAUCGCUCUUUUCACAGGUCAUACAGAUAUUACGAAAGCUCUAGAUGAUUUAUCAAAGGAUGAUACGCAGUCUAACGAGACUAGACUUGAAGCUAAGACCAUUUUAAAGCAAAUUACAAAAUUUGAAAAUGUCUUUAUAACUGUGGUAUGGCACGAAAUCUUGACACGUAUUAAUGAUACAUCUAAAAAUUUACAAAAAGAAAAUAUGGAUUUGUAUAUAGCAUGCAGUCUUUUAAAUUCCUUAGAAUUGUAUUUAUUGGAUAUCAGGGAUAAAUUCGAUGAGUUUUUAGAAAAAGCAAAAAGCUUUACUAAUAUCUGCGAAAGUGAAUCUACAUCUGAGCCAAGAAAUCGAAGAAGAAGCGUAAAACUUACUCGCUUUGAAGGAGAGAGUGAACAUACACAAUUUACUGGAGAUGAAAAGCUCAAAAUAGAGAUUUUUUAUCCGAUAAUCGAUUCACUUUGUUCCAAUUUGAAAACCAGAAAAACUGCUUACGAAACGGUGAAUGAUAACUUCAAGUUUUUUACUGCUCUACCAAACAUGACAUACGAAGGAAUAAAAGAAUGCUGCGAAAAGCUUGCCAGAAAAUAUGAUCAAGACAUUUCUGCAGAAAAUUUAAUAUCAGAAUGUUUACAUUAUAAACAUUAUCUUCGUGAUACACGAAAGAACGAAGAAUUAUUUAUUCCUGAUCUAUACUUGCAACUGAAGAAAGAAUUUCUGACGUCUACAUUCCCAAAUAUUGAAAUAAGUCUCCGAAUAUUCCUUACCCUAAUGAUCACCAAUUGUGCUGGUGAACGAUCAUUUUCUAGAUUAAAGUUGAUAAAAUCCGAUCAUCGAAGCACAAUGUCACAGUCACGAUUGAAUCAUCUAAGUUUAAUGAGUAUAGAAUCGGACUUAUUAAAAUCGAUUGAUUUUGAUGAACUCAUAUCUAAUUUUGCUGCGAAGAAAUCGAGAAAAAAAGUUUUUUAA